AUGACGUGUAAAAACUGGAUAUUAAUUUCCACGACUGCCCCCACAAAUCUGGAGGAUGAAAUUGUGGGAAGACUCCUCAAAAUUCUGUUUGUUAUCUUUGUUGACUUAAUUACUAUUAUGUAUGUUGUUAUAACUUCUUAGAAUUAUGAGUUUCUUAACUUUACAUAUAAAUUUCAAAUAGAA